UCCGUAACGUGAUCACAUAUAGAUAGAGAAACAUAACCAAACAUAAAAAUUCGCAUAUUGUAUUGUAUUGUUUGUUUUGUGCUUUUGUUAAAAACAAUGUCUAAGGGCGGAUUCACACCUUGGCAGAAUAGCAGAAAGCAGAAAAGCAGAAGCCAAUCAGAAUUCGCGCUGGUAGUCGACAGUUUCUGCUUUCUGCUUUUCUGUUAUUCUGUUUAUUCACAUUGAUCUUUCCUAUAACGUGAUUAUAACCUGUUUCCUAUAACCUGAGUUCCGUGAAUUUUAUUUUUAAUGUUAAGAAUAAUUACAUAUUAAAAUUUAAGUGUCUGGAAAUAUAUUAAAACAAUGGAAGAAUAUCAUAAUAAUAAAUAUCGUAGGUUUUUCUUCACAUUAUAUGCCUAUUUAUUAUUGAAACGUCGAAGAAUAUUAAAAAGACGUACUGUUUGGGUACGAAGUAUAUUCAAUGAAAAACAAAGAGACGAAGUUGGUGCACAAAGACUUAUUAAAGAAAUGCGUUUGACGCAACCUACUAAAUUUGUGAACUAUUUCUGAAUGACACCAGAACAAUUUGACUGUUUACUUGGUCUCAUUGGACCAUAUAUAACGAAGCAAGAAACUAUACUUCGUACACCUAUACCAGCAAUAACAAGACUUGCUGUAACAUUACGCUAUCUUGCAUGUGGGGAUAGGAUGGUAUCACUUAGUUAUCAGUUUCGAAUAGGCCAAAGUACAGUAUCGAAUAUAAUAUUAGAGACUACUACAGCAAUUUGGAAUAUUUUACAACCAAUUGUCCUUAAACAACCAAGAGAAAAUGACUGGAAGAGAAUAGCUAACGAAUUUAACAAUAUGUGGAAUUUUGUUAAUUGUAUUGGAGCGAUAGACGGGAAACAUAUUGUUAUUCAGGCACCUGCUCAUUCUAGUUCUACAUUUUAUAAUUAUCAAGCAAGUUAUAGUAUAGUAUUGUUGGCUAUCUGUGAUGCAAAUUACUCUUUUACUCUUGUCGAUAUUGGAGCAGAAGGGCGCCAGAGCGAUGGAGGAAUAUUUCAAAGAAGUGACAUUGGCAUUGCUUUUGAAAAUAAUCUAUUAAAUGUGCCUCCUCCUGAAAAUAUUUCAGAGAAUUGUAUUUUACCAUUUGUUUUGGUGGGAGAUGAAGCGUUCGCAUUAAAAACAUACAUGAUGCGGCCAUUUCCUCACAAAUCUCUGACUUAUGAAAGAAGAAUCUUUAAUUAUCGAUUAAGUCGAGCACGGCGUAUAAUUGAAAGCGCAUUUGGUAUUUUAGCAUCUCGAUGGCGAAUAUUCCGUAAACCAAUUAUAGCAUCUUUGAAGACUGUCGAUAAUAUUAUUAAGGCAUCGAUUUGUCUUCAUAAUUUUUUAAUAAAGAAUGAGUUAAGGAGACCCGUGAAUGAACGACGAUAUAUGUUUGAUAGAAUGGAAUACAAUGAACAUGGAGCUGUGAGAAAUAUUGCUAACAUCGAUGUAAAUGAACAACGUAAUGCUGUAACAAUAAGAAAUAAAUUUGUUAAUUAUUUCAUGAAUGAAGGAGCGGUAUUUUGGCAAUACGAAGCUGUUCAGAAUAAUAACAUGUAACAUAAACAUGACUUUAUUUAAAAAAACAUGUACAUGUUAAGAAAACAUUGUUUUAUUAAUAAACUCAUGUAUGUAGGUAAUGUAUGUAUCCAUGUGCAAAACUGAAUGUAAAAGAAUAAGAGUAUUUUGUAUAACAUUUUUAUCUGUACUAAACGUUCUAAAAUAAAUAUCAUAAUC